UCUUUCGCAGCUAGCAAACGAGUCUCUCAGCUCACAGGCACAGAGGCACCACCAGCGCCCGCAGGCAGCAGCUAUUGUUGGUGUUAGCUAAAGCGUCAAAUCAAAAUCAAAUCACGAGUAAAAGAUCCAGACAAUUCCCCAAAAUAUGGUGUCGUACGUCAGUGCCUUGCUGUACGGAGUGGGCGGCAUAGUGGUGGCAGGGAUGGCGCUGCUCGUGGCCUUUCAAGAGAGGUUAGUCUAUGUGCCGGUCUUGCCCGGUCUCACCAAGUCCUACCCUAUAACGCCCGCUCGCCUCCGACUCACUUAUGAGGACGUCUGGCUCAGAUCUUCCGAUGGCGUUCGCCUCCACGCUUGGUUCAUUAAGCUCUUUCCUGAAUGCCGAGGUCCAACCAUCUUGUUUUUCCAGGAGAAUGCUGGAAAUAUUGCUCACCGUCUUGAAAUGAUUCGCAUAAUGAUACAGAGGCUGCAGUGCAAUGUGUUCAUGCUUUCAUACCGAGGUUAUGGAGCAAGCGAUGGAUAUCCUUCUCAACAAGGAAUCACAAAGGACUCUCAGGCUGCACUAGAUCAUCUUUCUCAGAGGACUGACAUUGACACGUCUAGAAUAGUUGUGUUCGGGAGGUCACUUGGGGGUGCAGUUGGGGCUCUGCUGACAACGAACAACCCCGAUAAGGUUGCUGGACUGAUUCUGGAAAAUACUUUUACGUCCAUUUUGGACAUGGCUGGAGUUCUAUUGCCUUUCUUAAAGUGGUUUAUUGGAAGUCGAAGUACUCAUUCAAAUGGUCCUAAAAUUCUUAAUUUUCUAGUACGGUCUCCAUGGAGCACUAUUGAUGUUGUAAGCCAGAUUAGGCAGCCGAUCCUUUUUCUCUCUGGAUUACAAGAUGAAAUGGUACCCCCAUCCCAUAUGGCAUUGCUGUAUGCUAAAGCAGCUGCUCAUAACAAGGAAUGCAUCUUUGUGGAAUUUCCUACUGGCAUGCACAUGGACACCUGGCUGGCCGGUGGUGAUCAUUAUUGGAGAACUAUUCAGCAGUUUCUUGAAAAGCAUGUUUCAGAGAAGAAGGAACAUGAGUCAUACAACACUGACCAAGAGUUUGAGGGGUGGUGGUGACUUCUUUAUGUAGAAUAUUUAGAUGUUAUAAACUGGCUCACGACAGGUCCUCAAAGUAUUUGUGCCUUGUGUUUUUGAAGCUGCAGCAAUUAAAAGCUCUAUGUGAAGAAUAUCUGCUGGCUGAGAUCCGUCCAGUACGUCUGGUUUUUCUCUAACAUUUUUUGUUGGUUCUAGAAGCUUCAGCAGAUGCCAGGAAAAUGUGAAAGCUUUUGGUAUGCUGCAAAACUCUUUGACAUACAUCUUCGUUAGUCGAUUCUGACCUGUUCCCAUUGUACGAAUAAAAAAAAUCUGAAAUUUGAAGUAUAUAAUUGAUGUAUGGACUGUUUGUAUCUUAAUAAACAAUUUCAAUUAGGCCUUUUUAAUUUUGUUUCAA